AUAUUUGAAUUUUUCGAUUAAGAUUAAAGUGGAAAAGUAGAUUCAGAUGAAUUUAUAUGCGGAUUAGCUUUACUAUCAUAAAGCGAUUUAAAAACAAAAGCUUAAUUAAUAUUUAAUUUAUAUGAUUUCGAUAAUAAUUAAACCAUUACUUUUAAUGAGUUGGUAAUAUUAAUAAAGACUACUUUAACUUCUUUAAACACUAUGAGUUCUAAACCAGAAGUAUCGAUAUAAGAAGCAGAGGCUUUAACUAAUUAAAUAAUAAAUAAAUAUGAUACAAAUAAUGAUAAGUCUAUCUCAUUGCAUGAAUUUUAAUCUUUUAUUUCUAAAGAUCUUGAUAUUCUUAAAUUAUUAUUAAGCUAUGGACUUAUUUCUAAAGAAGAUUUAAGACCUGAUUAUGGAGGAAAUACUGAUGUACCUGAAACUGAUUCUGAUUUGGAAAAUGAAUAGAACAAAGCAUCCAUUGAUAGGGAUGAAAGAGUUGAAAUGAUAAAAGAAGGUAUUGAACAUGUUUUUUCUUUUUAAGAAUAAUAUGCGGAGUUUUAUGAAAAGUAGGAAGUUUCUACGAAAUCUAUGUAAUGGAAAAAAACUAUUUUAAAUCCAGUUUUUUAAGAUAAAAAUAAAUGUUAAGAUUAACUUCCAUAAGCUUCUUUAGAAAUGGAAUUUAUUUAUGGAUUUAGAUGUAGUGAUACUAGAUAGAAUAUAAGAUAUAAUCUUAAUAACGAAAUUGUUUAUCAUAAUGGUGCUGUAGGCAUCGUUUAUGAUUUAAAAGGAAACUAAAGAUUCUAUUUAGAUCAUACAGAUGAUAUUAUAUGUAUGGAUGUUAAUAAGAAUUUAGUUGCUACUGGAUAAAUAGGAUUAUACCCAUUAUUAUGUAUCUGGGAUUCUAAAACUAUGGAAACAAAAGUCACUUUUAAAGGUGUUUUAAAAAAUGGAAUUGGAUAAGUGGCUAUAUCUUAUGAUUAUAGAAGGGUUGCAGCAGUUUCUUUAGAAAAGAAUAAAUGUAUUGUUGUAUAUGACGUUGAAAAAGCGAUUAAUUCAAAAUUAAAUCCAUCAUUAAAAUUAUAAGAAGAUGGGUUAAUUUGUUAAACUACAUUAUAUUAACCUGUUGUCUUUGAUCUAAAAUUCGAUAAAACAGGCAAAGGAAUAAUCGCUGCAUGUUUAAACGAAGUCCUUUUUAUGUAAAUAGAAGGCUAAUAAUUAAAAAUUGUUAAAGGAGUUUGGAGUUAAUAAAAUUCUCCAUAAGCCUCAUUAUGUAUAAGUUUUAUUGAAACUAGUGUUAUUACAGGAAUGUUCAAAGGAUAGUUAUUAGUUUGGAAAAACUCCAAAUUAAGUGCUUAACAUCCCGCACAUUCAGGACCUGUGAUGUCUAUGUAUACUAGAGAUUAAAAUUCUGGAAUUAUUACGGGAGGAAAAGAUGGUAUAGUUAUAGUAUGGGAUAAUAGUUUAAAAAAAUUAAAUAGAAUCGAUUUGAAAGAAACUAAAGUUUAUUUAUCAAAAAUAACUGCAGUAGCGGAAGAUUAUAAAAUGGAAAAUUUAAUUAUAGGUACCAGAUCUUCCGAAAUAAUUGAAGUAUUAAAAAAAACUUAAACUAAAGUAAUAAUGAGUGGGCAUUGGGACGGAAAACUAUACGGACUAACCGUACAUCCAAAAACAUAAUUCAUAUAUACAGUUGGAGAAGAUAAUCUGUUAGCCUAAUGGGAUUUAAAAAAACAUGUAUUAGUAUAAAGUACUAAGCUUUAAUUCCCUGCUAGAUGUAUUGAAUUAUGUAAUAAUUAAAAACAUUUAGCCAUAGGAUGUAUAAAUGGAAAUGUUUUAAUUGUAGAUCCAAAAAGUCUUGUUGUGAUGUUUUCUUUUAAAGAUAAUAACGAUAGUGUUAGCUGUUUAAAGUUUUCGUUAGAUUGUGAAUAUUUAGUUGUGGCUUAUGGAUAGCCUUCGUGUGAGAUUUACGCUUAUAAUUGUAAAAAUACUUUCAAGUAAAUCGUGAAAUUAAAAGGAAGUUAAUUUCCUGUCACUCACAUUGAUUUUGCGAAAGAAAAGAAAAUCAUUUAAUGCUGUAAUUAGGGAUAUUAGUUACUUUUUUUUAAUCUAGUGGAACUAAAUAGUCAUUAGAAACCUGGAAAAUAGAUUAGAGAAAAAGACUAUGCCAUUUUAAAAAAUAUCAAGUGGGAAACUAAUACUUGUAUCUAUGGGUAUGAUAUUUAAGGAAUAUGGCCUCCUUGUUCUAAUGGAUAAGAUAUUAAUACUGUAGAUCUUUCAAAUAAGUAUAAUGUUUUGAUUGCCGGAGAUGAUUUUAGUAAUGUAAAAAUAUUUUAGUAUCCGUGUGAUUUCUAAUAUACUAGUUUUAUUAAAUAUUCGGGACAUUCCUCACAUAUUACAAAAGUUAGAUUUGCCUAUGAAGAUUAAUAUGUGGUGUCUAUUGGGGGGUUUGACAAAACUAUAAUUUAAUGGAAAUACAACCAUGAAUAAAAUAAAUAUGAAUUGCCUGAAAAUAUAGAAAAAAAAAAUAAUUAUAAUGAUGAUAAAAAAGAAAAUUUAGUAAAUGAAAAAAAUAAUAUUCAUAUACCAAAAUAAUAUGAAGGUUAAAUUUCUAAUUGUGUUCCUUCAGCUUAUAACAAUAUAGAUAUAUAAAAACUAAAUUUAAUUCCUUGUUAAUCAAUAUAACUUAGUCAUGUUUUUGGUGUUCGUACUAAACAUAAUAAUGAAAUUUGCAAAAACAUGAUAAAAUAUGCAGUUGGUGAAAAAAUAGUUUAUACAACAGCAGGUGUAUGUAUAAUUAAUGAUAUCAAUAAAUAAUAAUACUUUGUUAAACAUACUAAUGAUAUUAUUUCCUUAGCAGUUCAUCCUAAGGGAAAUAUUGCAGCUACUGGAAGUUCUUCUAAUAAAUCUAAAACUUGUGAAAUUUAUAUAUGGGAAAUUGAAACUAAAAAUAUUAUCAGUUAAAUAAAUGAUUUCCAUAUAAAUGGUGUCAGCCAUAUAGAAUUUUCUCCCGAUGGUACAUUUUUAUUAACAGUAGGGUAAGAUUAAAAUUAUUCAAUUGCAAUUUAUGAUUGGUAAUAAUCUAGAAUGGUUGCAAACUAAAAGACUGAUAUUUUCAAUGUUACUGGAAUUUCCUGGAAAAACAAUAUGGAAUUCGCUAGUUGUGGAUUAGCUCAUAUUAAAUUCUGGAAAAUUCAAGGAAGAAAUCUUUCUUUUAAAUCAGGAAGUGAAAUAGAAAUUUUCUAGUAAUAAAUGGCUGUUACUUAUACUAUAACAGGAAAAUGUAUUAGUGGAUCAUCUGAAGGUUGUUUAUUUUUAUGGAAUGAAAAUAUCCUUUAAAAUAAAAUAAAUGCUCAUAAAAAAAAAAUUAAUUGCUUAAUUUCUUUUGGAAAUGAAAGUAUAUUUUCAGGUGGAGAUGAUGGUAAAAUAAUGAAAUGGAAAAUUGAAUCAAAAUAAAAUUUAUAAGACUCUAGUGAUAUAAUAGAAUUAUUUCCUUUAACAAAAUAUGAGUUUAAUAUAAUUUCUCUAUGUACAGAUCCUAAAGGAGAGUUUUGUUAAUAGGAACCUCUGGAGGUGAAGUUUUCGAGUCUAAAAAUGGUAUGA